AUGGAUUGUGAGCCACCAUCAUCACCAGAAGCCAUCUCCAUGCAUCACCAAACUCCAAGCCACAUCCUGGAGGCUAUGGUUGAGCCUAGCACACGGGAGGAGAUGGAGAUACGUGAGAGGACCAUGAAGCACGUGAGGGAGAUGGGGGAGGACAGAAAGAGGAGCAGCUUGAAGAGGAGGCUGAUGAUGAGGCUCAGGAAGGACGGCUACGAUGCAUCCCUCUGCAGGUCUUCUUGGGUCGCCACUACUGAGCACCCCGGAGGCGACUACGAGUACAUCGACGUCGUGGUGGCGGGGGAGGACGGCGCGGGCGCGGCCACCUCCUCCUCCGGCUCCUCCAGGCUAGUCGUCGACAUCGACUUCCGGUCCCAGUUCCAGCUCGCCCGGCCGGCGCCGUGGUACGCGCACCUCUGGGCCCGGCUGCCGGCGGUGUUCGUGGGCCCGCGCGCGAAGCUCCGGAAGGCGGUGUCCCUGCUGUGCGCGGCGGCGCAGCGGUCGCUGCGCGAGAGCGGCCUGCACGUCCCGCCGUGGCGGAGGUCCGGGUACAUGCAGGCCAAGUGGCUCCCCCGCGACGUGACGUUGCCCGGCGGGGCCCCGGAGGUGGCGAUGGCCCAGUGGUCGGUGGCGAUGGGGAAGGAGCUCGGCGACGGGCCCCGGCGGUCAGCCACGGGCGGCCUCUCCAUUGAGCUGGCCGGCUCCGCCGCUGAGGCGGACGGCCGCCAAGGCCAAGCUGCUGGAUCCAUGUGGGCGUAG